AUGGAUACCCUUUCAUAUGUAUGCGAGGAACGAUGUGCUAACGCUGUGCGCUUCGAGGUGCCGCUUAUCUCUGUUAAGGCAAAUGCGUUUGGUGAUGAGAGGCCGGCGCUGAUGUCGUCUCAUCGCAGACUUCUCUGCAUGAACGUGAAGCAAUCUAACCGGCUUCGAGUGCUUUACAGCGGAGGAAGCUAUGCCGAGGCGGAUUUGCGCGCGCCGGUGCUUCGUCACUUGGUCUCUUCAGAGGGCCAUCUUGACUACUGCGCUUUCUUCGCUGUUGGUGGGGAGGACGUGUCGCGUCUGAAGCCUGUGAAUUGUGCAAACGGGGAGAGUAAAAUUAUUUUGCAAGAGGUGAAUCUACAGGAGGAGCUCUACGGCGUCGCGGUAGGCAGUGGCGAAACCGCCUAUGCGUUAGGCAAGAUGCAUAUUUUUGAAGUGGACAUGGAGACUGCCACCAAAAAGGCGACGCUGGAUCUUGCAUCAAGGACGCUUGUGAGAUACCCCGUGAUUGGCUACCACCACGAGGCAAAGCUGUUACUCGCCCCUGCGAAGCAAAACUGUCUUGAUCUCAUCUCCAUCAAUACCCGCAAAAGUAUUCUGUCGAAGGCAUGGGAACCCCAUGGGGGCUCUGUCCCUACAGCUGCCUUUUUUAUACAGCGUCGUGAUUUUGGGAAUGAGUCCGCCGGGAAUGUUUUUAUUGUCACAGCCACCUGUGGCAACACAGAACUUCGCCUUUGGUGCUACAACAUGACGAAGCAGACAUUUUCACUUAUGCAGGAUCUUUGCAUUUCUGUUGCAAAUGAUGCUGAAACGACGGGAACCAAGAAAGAAGAAGAAUCCUUUCUAAUCAGUUGUACGCCAACAGAGGAAUAUAUUACGUUGUGCUCCAAGCGUCAUUCGCUUGCAGUUGUAGUAGAAUUGCAUCGAAACAACUUUAAGGUGGAUCGUAUCACAUCAUGGAAAUUACAGGGUCCUACACUUGCCAGCGUGGCGAUGGUGGGGAAAGUUGCGGAGUCGGCUCUCAGUGGCUCUGUGGCGUACCAGUUGAUUCUUGGAAUUCGUACCGCGAGUGGCUUCUUUAAAGAGGUGUUGGACGUAGAAAAGCUUGUUGGUGCCUCUAACACGACCAUAGUAACAGAGAAUUCUGUUGCCAAGUGGUUUCCGCAGCAUGAGAUGGAAAGUAAAGAUAUAGCAGCGAACCUUCCCACUGCGUUAACGGCCGUGUCUUCCUCUGUUUUAGGUGACAGGAAGACGAAUGCGGUUUCUCAGGCUAUGGCGUCGAGAAUAGUGCGUCGGCAGGCGUCUCAGUUCUGUGACAAAUUGCGCAGCAUCGACGAAAGUGUGGUCGAUUUGCAGAAACGAGCUUCAGAGGCGCUGCGACUCUUUCAGGAAUCACGUGCAAGAGAAGAGGCGCAAACAAUUGGUCGCAAGUUUGCCGUACGCAAUAAAGGAAGACUGGAGUUGCAACAGCAGCAACAAGAACAGUCUCUCGCGACUAAUUCCCCCGAAGUUCUCACUACGUCCCAACAGGAAUUGUUGCAGCAAAUUCACGCCAUCUUGGACGAGGUGGAUCCUGGUGCAGCGGAGUCCGCAGAGGAAACCGUGAAGGUACUACUUAACCAACGUCUGAAAGAUGCUGUGGCAAAGGGUGCGAAGGAGGCGGAGCAAACUGACCUUGGGAUUUUGACCCCGAAUAUUCGCUCUACUGAUAGCAUGCGUGUGUUUAGUAACGGUGUUGAUUCCGCCAUGCGGGUUCUUAUUCGUGCCGUCAAGGACCACCAUGCAUUGAUGCAGGCGCCCCUUAGAGGCUCUACCACCGCCGCUACAGAAUGCAUUACCAAAGCCAGAGAAUUUGGAGCCUCUCUUAAACAUGAGAUGAAGAAGCUCUCAGAGGAGCUUAACGAAACGAAAAAUGCCGUAUUUCAACUGAGUGUUGUGGCGAUGCCAGUGGACCCAGACGUUUUCGUAUCAAAAGCUGUGUCUGCAGCUGAGGCAAAUGACUGGGGCACUGCCUUUAACAUUGCUUUGGCAGCAUCUGAUAUCACCGUGUUGUUGGGUUUUCUGCAAAGCGAGGUCUGCACGGAAAACAUAUCUACAAUCACUCGACCGCAAGCCAUCCCGUUGACUACUUUCCUGAGUCUGUGUCUGCAGUUGUCCUUUGAGAUAAAUUUACAGCCGGAGCUUAUUCCGUUGCGAAUUCAACUUAUGGAUUUCUUCUAUGUGGAGUGGGAUGAUACAUUGAAAGAGAUCAAGCAGAAGGCUAUGGAGGUCCCUAGUGAGAGAAACUCCCUAUUUGAGGUUUCAAAACAAGAGCUUGUACGUGUUUUGGAGCCGUUAGGUAGUGUAGAUGACAGCAAGAUCGACCGCCGUAGCCGCAAUAAUCUUCGUCUGUUGAAGAAAUUGAUCCGUUCCUUUCUUGAAUAG